UGUAUGUGUGUGUGUGUGUCUGUGUGUGUGUGCGUCUGUGUGUGUGUGUGCAUCGAGCCUGGAAACACAGCAGCACCCAGAAGUGAACAAAGCGACCCGGAAGCGGUGGUGGGACUGGAGGCAGGCAGAGAGAGAACAUCAAGCUUUUAUAUUAAAGCUGCGCUCGCAACACAAUAUCUGCAGCCAGGACCCAAGGAUGGCAGAGCCUCGAUUUAACAACCCGUAUUUCUGGCCGCCACCUCCAUCCAUGCCGGGCCAGCUGGAUAACCUGGUGCUCAUUAACAAGAUCAAGGAGCAGCUGAUGGCCGAGAAGAUCCGACCCUUGCACCUGCCGCCUACCUCCACCCCUUCCCAGCAGCCCCUGCUGGUGUCCACCUCGAACCAAGACGGUAGCAACCAGCACGGAAUGUCAGUGCCAAAGCACCAGCAGCAGGAGCUGCAGGGCCACCACCCGCAGGCACAGGGCUCUGGACAGCCAGACAUCGCUCUGCAUGCUCGCCCCGCCUCCAGCUCUGGACCAGAUGGAACAAUGGACGACAAGUCAGCAGUGAAGGCUAAAGGAUUGUGGGAAGACUGGCACAUGAGACAGCUUGGCGAGCAAACUGGACGCAUCAACCAUCGCUCAGCGCUGGCUCCCUCAUCCCGACCUGACAGCCACAUCAUCUCCGAGGCCCUGACCCCCACGACUCCAACCUCCAGCAGCCACAACCGCCUCGGCGGUGCCCCCUCUGUGAACAUCAUCUCUGGGCUGGCCAGUGGUCCGGGCAUGGACCACAUGAAGGUUGGAGGCCUGGCAGGACUGUUGGGCCCCCCACCCAAGGCACCCCGGGGACGGAAGAAGAUUAAAGCUGAAAACCCAUCGGGUCCUCUGCUGGUGGUGCCCUACCCCAUUCUAGCUGACCAAGGCUGUGUCACAAUUGCACCCAAAGAGGGCAAAACCUACAGAUGCAAAGUGUGCCCACUCACCUUCCUAACCAAGUCCGAGAUGCAGAUUCACUCCAAGUCUCACACGGAGGCCAAACCACACAAGUGUCCCCACUGCACCAAGACGUUCGCCAACGCCUCCUACCUGUCGCAGCACCUGCGCAUCCACCUGGGGAUCAAACCCUAUCACUGCUCCUACUGCGAGAACUCCUUCCGUCAGCUGUCACACCUGCAGCAGCACACCAGAAUCCACACCGGUGAUAGGCCUUAUAAAUGUGCCCACCCCGGAUGUGAAAAGGCUUUUACCCAGCUGUCUAACCUCCAGUCUCACCAGAGGCAGCACAAUAAAGACAAGCCGUACAAAUGUCCUAACUGCUACCGUGCCUACUCAGACUCAGCUUCAUUGCAGAUCCACUUGUCAGCGCACGCCAUCAAAAACGCUAAGGCCUACUGCUGUAGCAUGUGUGGCCGGGCAUACACCUCAGAGACCUACCUUAUGAAGCACAUGUCUAAACACACGGUGGUGGAGCACCUAGUGAGCCACCAGUCGCCCCAGCGGACCGAGUCCCCAAACAUCCCCAUACGGAUCUCCCUCAUCUGAGCCCCCCCCCCCGGCCGCUCGGCAGCAGGUCGGAUUCGGAGUCUAUGUUCGGCUGGAGCUUGUGAGGCCCUGCACCCACGGCCAUCUACAUAAGGCUUACAUUAGCAUUAUGACAGCUGACAACCAUUCAGACCUAUACACUUUUUUUCACGUUACAACUAUGUUAAUGUUGUAAUCGGUCCAACUAAUCAUUUAAAUUCAGUUUCUCCCUCAUCAAUCUACACUCAGUCUCUGUGCCACAUUAUGACAAAGCCAAAGUGGAAGAUUUGAAUUGGAGUUACCUCAAGUAUUGCUCACACUCAUAAAUAUCAGUCCCCAAAAAAAUCUUUUCUUUUUUCUUCAAGAGCCAAAAAGAAUCAGGUAUCUGCCCCAAAACUGAAAAGGUUCUUCUUUAGAUCUUGCUCCACCCCUCCACACAAUUUCACGGAAAAUGUUUGAUUAGCUUUUUUGCAUAAUCGUGCAAACUAAAAAACAAAUAAAUAAACAAAUGAAGACAAAAACAUUAUCUCCUUGACAGGUAACUAGAGUACAUACCUCUGUCAGUCCCCGUAUGCAACCACAUUUAAAUUCACUACAUUUUUUAUUUGGAUCUGCACCAAACUGCAAACACUCAUAAAUAUCAAAAUGUGCCUGAUGUUUUUUCACCAAGAUCCAUGAGUAACUCAUGGACAAAAACAAUAAAUGUUGAAACUGCCUUAUUUUAGAUAAUAAAUUCCUAGAUCUGCCCCUUUGUGCAAAUCUAGGCUAAAAUUGAAUGGGUUCUUUAGUGAACCAUGUCCCGUCCUUCCACCAGGUUUUGUGGAAAUCUUUUGAGUAGUUUUUGUGUUCUGCUUAUAAUCAAACCAACACACAUGAGAACAUAACCUUGUUAGUGGAGCUAAUCAAUGGAAUUUACCACCGAUUGCAAAGACAUAUUUGAAAGAUAAGAAAGAGGAAGCACCUGAAUAAAAAUUCAAGUGCAAACAUUUCUCAAAUCCUGUUUUCUCUGUGAUGAUGGGGUGUUGAGUGCAGAUUGAUGAGGGGAUUGAUGACGAGUUUAAAACUAAACAAGCUCGAGGCUGCAACUUAAACUGUGAAAACAGUGAAGAGGUCUGAAUACGUCCUGAACGCACUGUGAGCGUUCAGCGCUAGAAUCAGCGAGCGGACGGCCUCAAUUCGUCCAGACACAGGCCGUCCGUCGUAAAUGAGCACAGCGUUAUUUUGUGAAUGUAAAAAUACAGCUAGAUGUUGUCCUGAGGAUCGAGUGGCAAAGAAUGUCUUGCGUCAGAUUUAAUAAGCACUUUCGUAAGCGUCAUGUAAACUGCCGGAUGCAUUGGCCAUCAGAAAUUUUUUUGUUAGUUUGUUUUUUUUCCUCUUCCAUAAAAUGGGUUUCUAAAAUCUGCCAGAUGAUAUUUGCCCUUAUAAAGAAUUGCAAAAGUAGAAAAAGAAAAUGUUUGCUGGGUGUAUUCUGGAGACAUCCAAAGAUAAUCUUAAAGCACUUUUAGGCCUCGUGGUUUUGGCUCAAAUUGUUUCAAUCUUGUUGGAUGGAAAAUGCCAAAGGGCAUUACUUGUGGCAGCUAAGAGUACCGACUGUGUAUAACUAACAGUCUUUCUGUUACCUUCUUUGCUUUUACUCCCAUUUCGUGCAAAUAUGCAUUUACAGGGUCGUCUAAAUUUGAAGAAAGGCAAUCGGUAGAUGACAAUUUCAACGUUUCAUGAUUGUAUUAAGGUGUACUGUUGAUUUGGGGAGGGAAGAAAAAAAAAUAGAGCAACACGGAAGGGAAGAAAGAUGAAUGUUUUUUUUUAUAUUUCCAAUAUCUUUCACUCCAUAUUUGACAUAUUUCACUUUAACGGCACCUUUUGUGAUCAUAACACAUGAUCAGACAAACACUGCUUUUACAUUACGUUCUCCCUCACGUCCUAAGAACUCGUGCCAUAUACAGUUAUCCUUGUUUUCAAGAGACAGCAGCUCUCUUCAUAGUGUUUGUUUGCUUUCUCUGUUCAGUUAAGCUUUUAUUUACUUAGUAUUAGAAGUAUUUUGUCGCAGAGGUUGAAAACAUUGCACAUGCAUCGAUGCCAGCUCUACUUUUGAAUACACAUCAAAUUUUAAUCAAGUGGUCAACUUUUAAAUGUCGCCGCUGGACCAAAAUGUGAAGUUAAUGAACUCUGACUCUCCCCGUUAAGAUUUUUUCUUCAAGUCUUUAAUAAGCUUUACCCAUUUUAAAAUAAACUGCAGUAUAAGUCAUAUUCCAUAGGCCUAUAUUUUGAGUUUAUGUGGAGUUGAUGCUUCUCCUUUUGAUUAUUUUUGUUCUCCUUAGUAUUCUUUUUAUUGUACACAGUAUUGUUUGUUGUAUUUUUACUGUAACUUUAAACUCUGGAUGGUACUAAUAGGGUACCCUGUGUUCUUCAGGGCACUUCAGAAAAAAAAGGUGCUACAGCUAGAUGUUAUGUUUGAGAUGGAACUGAGAAUAAUGUAAAAUACAUAUACAGUAUAUAGUAUGUUUUCAAAAGAAUUAAAAAAAACCUAUUACUCAAGCCACUGGCCUGAAAAACAAGACAUUUACGCCAACAACAGACCCUGCCUCUUCAACUUUACUCUCUUUUGAGAUAGUGGGAAAAUGUACAUGUUGCUGUACUGUAAAACAUGUAACUCAUUUAUAGUACCUAUUUUUAAGUUUUCAUCAACACUCUCUGUUUGGGUUUUUGUAAGAGCUUAUGUAUGGACUUACUGUAAUUAUUUUAGUCUACCCGUAUGUUAUUAAUAUUCAUGUUUUAUAUCAGUUAUUUCCAUGUAAGCCUUAACUGUUCUAUCAUCCCAUUUCCAUUACUCUGUAUGUGUUCUGCAGUAUUCAAUCGUGUAAACAUUUUUUAUUUUCUUUCCUUCCGCAUGGAGUUCCUGAGCUGUAAACUGUAUGAUAACUGUUUAACCCAUGUUCUCGAUGAAAAGAUAUUGCGUAGAUUUAUUACACUUUUUCCUGUCUUGCAUUGUGGUUUCAUAUACAGUUUCUAGAACGACUAAAUAUGCACAGCCAAGACUGAGAAGUUAAACUAAGGUUAUCAAUGUUUAAAAAAGGAAAAAAAAGCUUUGUAUCUUUACCUUGUUUAAUAAACAGACUGUUACAAA